AUGUCUGGAUGGAAAGGGUUCGACUGUCUCGUUGCGACGGCUAUUCCUCGCUCACGCCGAAUCCAUCAUGUUAGGCCUCGUUAUAUUCGCCAGAGCAACCGUUGCGGCAGCGACUUACCUGCUCCUUUUGCACUAUUCCGGUACAUCUAUGAUCCCAAAGGGUUGCGAAGAUACCCUGGCUUUUCUCCCAUUUCUGGUCUGACAGACCUUCGCCAUGUCUAUCUGAGCGCAUGUGGAUACCGUUCCAAGGACUUGUACGAAGCUCAUCAUCGAGCACCCAUUUUGCGUACGGGCCCCAACGCUCUUUCAUUUGGCAACAUCGAAGCCAUCAAAGACAUCUAUGGUCACAGCACGAAAUGCAUCAAGGACCUCAAAUAUGUCAUCCUCGGGGGCUCACACACGCAUCUCUUCGACGUCGUGGACAAGGGGGAGCAUUCCCGCAAGCGAAAGACACUCUCAGCCGCGUUUGCCAUCAAGCAUCUCGAGCGAUGGGAGUUCAAAGUUGCUCAAACUACGCAAAGGCUCCUCAAGGCAAUAGACGGACAUUGCACCCCACCAAUGAUCUCCAACCAAACCAUCCCAGACCAGGGGGACGUCACCUUGGACUUCAACAAAUGGGUCUAUCUGUUCACAAUGGAGGCAAUCAACAAUACUGCCCUAUCUUCGUCCCUAGGUCUUCUCGACAAAGGAACCGAUGUGGUCACUGCCCAGAAGAAGGAUGGAACACUAUACCAGGCGCGGUAUCGCGAGUCACAAAGUCAUACAGCCAUCGCUCAAGCAGUGUUCGUCUGGGACUACAAACGACAAUGGGGUGAAAUCGUCGCCGAGAUCAGCGCAAUUAUCAACGCGGGCGCAGACACCACAGCCAUCGCCCUAACCCAAGCACUGGACUUUCUCAUCCGGCACCCACCACAACUACAACGCCUACGAGAAAAGGUAGACAGCGUGCUCGAUAAAGACGACACUGUCGCACCAUACGACAAAGUCAAAAACCUCUCAUAUCUCCGCGCCUGUCUCGACGAAUCCCUGCACAUCCUCCCACCCACAUCAGCUGCCCUGCCGCGGCGGACCCCACCCGAGGGAGCUCAAAUCCUGGGACACUGGAUUCCAGGUGACACCAGCGUCUCGAUGCCCAUCUACGCAGCACAUCGGGACCCGGAGAUCUUCCCAGCCCCGGAAGAAUAUCGACCGGAGAGAUGGCUCGGCCCGGAAGCCCGCAAACGGAUGGAGCCGUACUUUAUCCCGUUCUCCACCGGCGCUCGAGGAUGUCUUGGACGCAACAUUUCCUACCUAGAACAGACGGUCGUGCUGGCAUCGGUGGUGCAUCGGUAUGACUUUGCGUUGCCGUCGCCUGAGUGGAACAUCUACAGACAUCAAGCUUUUAACCUUAUUCUGGGAGAGAUGCCGAUGAAGAUUUGGCGGAGGGAGAUCACUUAAUAGGUCUUCCCGUGGGGUGUCUUUACAUUCUGUUGUCGGGU